GGACGGCGAACCCCGCACACUGACAUGAUACCCUGUGACCUGGAGGUGAGUGCAGAAGAUGUCAGUCAGCAUACAUGAGAACCGUAAAUCCAGAGCCAGUACUGGCUCUAUGAACAUCUAUCUGUUUCACAAGUCUUCAUAUGCUGACAAUGUACUUACUCAUCUCAAUCUGUUGCGACAGCAAUGCCUCUUCACCGAUGUCCUCUUGCUGGCGGGAAACAGGUCUUUCCCUUGCCAUCGAGCUGUCCUGGCUGCUUGCAGCCGUUAUUUUGAAGCCAUGUUCAGUGGUGGUCUUAAAGAAAGCCAAGCCAAUGAGGUAAACUUCCACAAUGCUGUCCACCCAGAAGUCCUAGAGCUUCUAUUGGAUUAUGCAUACUCUUCCAGAGUCAUCAUCAAUGAAGAAAAUGCUGAAUCUCUUCUGGAAGCAGGAGAUAUGUUGGAGUUUGAGGACAUCAGAGAUGCUUGUGCAGAUUUCUUGGAGAAAAACCUUUAUCCCACCAACUGCUUAGGCAUGCUUCUCCUCUCCGAUGCUCACCAGUGCACUAAGCUUUAUGAACUGUCUUGGAGAAUGUGCCUUACCAACUUUCAAACCAUCUGCAAAACCGAAGACUUUCUCCAACUGCCCAAAGAACUGGUGGUACAGCUCUUAUGCCAUGAAGAACUGGAAACUGAAGACGAAAGGAUGGUGUAUGAAUCUGCAAUGAACUGGAUUAACUAUGAUCUGAAUAAGCGACACUGUUACCUUCCCGAGCUACUUCAAACUGUACGAUUGGCUCUUCUGCCAGCCAUAUAUCUAAUGGAAAAUGUAGCAAUGGAAGAGCUUAUCAUUAAGCAGAAAAAAAGCAAAGAACUGGUAGAAGAAGCCAUUCGGUGUAAAUUAAAAAUAUUACAAAAUGAUGGCGUGGUGACCAGUAUGUGUGCUAAGCCUCGUAAAACUGGUCAUGCUCUGUUUCUUCUGGGAGGACAGACUUUUAUGUGUGAUAAAUUAUACCUCGUUGACCAGAAGGCAAAGGAGAUCAUACCUAAGGCAGAUAUCCCAAGCCCACGCAAAGAAUUCAGUGCAUGUGCAAUCGGUUGCAAAGUGUACAUCACUGGAGGCAGGGGUUCUGAAAACGGUGUCUCCAAAGAUGUUUGGGUUUAUGACACUCUUCAUGAGGAGUGGUCAAAGGCCGCUCCAAUGCUUGUUGCACGGUUUGGCCAUGGCUCUGCUGAACUGAAACACAGUUUGUAUGUAGUAGGGGGACACACUGCAGCCACAGGCUGUCUUCCCGCCUCUCCAUCUGUGUCCCUAAAACAAGUGGAGCAGUAUGACCCAGCAACCAACAAGUGGACAAUGGUCGCUCCUCUUCGAGAAGGUGUCAGCAAUGCAGCUGUGGUCAGUGCAAAGCUGAAGUUGUUUGCAUUUGGUGGGACCAGUGUUAGCCAUGACAAGUUGCCCAAGGUCCAGUGCUAUGAUCCUUCUGAAAACAGAUGGACUGUACCAGCUACUUGCCCACAGCCCUGGCGCUACACGGCAGCAGCUGUUUUGGGAACCCAAAUCUUCAUCAUGGGGGGAGAUACAGAGUUCUCAGCCUGUUCAGCCUAUAAAUUCAACAGCGAAACGUAUCAGUGGACUAAAGCUGGAGAUGUUACGGCCAAGAGAAUGAGCUGUCAUGCUGUAGCAUCUGGCAAUAAACUGUUUGUGGUUGGAGGCUAUUUUGGAAUUCAGAGGUGCAAAACAUUGGACUGUUAUGAUCCAACACUUGAUGCGUGGAAUAGCAUAACUACAGUACCUUAUUCUCUUAUCCCAACGGCAUUUGUCAGCACGUGGAAACAUCUGCCGUCCUAAAGCACUGCACACUGGCAUGGACCUCAGCUGUGAAGAUUUAAGCCAGCUUUUACGUGAAGAUGACUUAAAAGACUUGCUCUACACUAAAGAUGUUUGGCUUGCCACUUGUACAGAACCAUUUUGCAGCUGGGACUCUCUGGCUGCAGAAGGGUUAUUGUCUUUCGGGACAAAGAGGAUAGAAAUCUCAUUCUACAACUAUCAGUAUUAACCCGAUUACUCACCAGAAGCUGAGCACCAACCUUUUUCUGGUUUUGCAUUUGAGAACACUGAGACAAUUUAAUAAGACGGACAUAGCUGGAAUCCACCUGGACUGGAGAGUUUAUCAUUGCAAUCCAAAGCGGCUGGAAAUGUCAGCACCAGCUGCGGGGGGAAAGCCAGGAACUCCACGGAGGAAAGACGUCAUGUCUUAUAGAAUUCUAACAGCCAGUCGCUUAACAUUAGACCGCACAAUGGGCAGUGCCAUCGGCAUAUUCUAAUCUCUCAGUUUAAUGCAUUCUCCAUGUUAAACAUUGUGAAAGCCACAGCUGUAAUUUAGCCAGAAGUAAAAAAAACUGUGAACAAACAUUGGAUGUCUUACUAUCCACAAUGCAUCGCCAUUUCAACUGCCUAUUUAUAUAUGACUUUCUUAUUACAUUCCCAGUUGUGUCUAUUUAUUGUCCUGUGCUGUGUGCAUGCUGAUACAAUGCUUGUAGUUGUAUUGACAUGUGAAAGGCCCGGCUGAAUGUAUAUUUAGAGCUUGCAACAAUUUCUUCUUCAAAACAGUGUAUUUAGCUACCUGCUUGCAGCAUUGCAAACUGUCUUUUGUGAUUAACCCUUUCACUGUGAUGUAGAUGUCUGUGACUGUGAAAUGCUCUCUAAGUAGAAGAC